CCCACGGUGCUGGCGGACGUGCUGCCCACGGACCCAGCCAUGCAGGAGGAGAUCUUCGGGCCCAUCCUGCCCAUCGUCGUGGUGGCUGAUGUGGAGGAGGCCAUUGAGUUCAUCAACGCCCGCCCACGCCCUCUGGCUGUCUAUGCCUUCUCCUGUGACAGCAAGGUGGUGAACCAGGUGCUGGAGGGGACGAGCAGCGGUGGCUUCUGUGGCAACGACACCCUGAUGCACGUGACGCUGACCUCGCUGCCCUUCGGGGGCAUCGGGAACAGUGGCCUGGGGAGGUACCACGGGAAGUUCACCUUCGAGACCUUCAGCCACCGCCGGGGCUGCCUGCACAGGAACAUGGGGCUGGAGCCCCUCAACGCCCCCCGCUACCCGCCCUACACCCCCCAGAAAUGGGCCAUCGUCCGGGCUGCCUCCGAGGUCAAGCUCAAGGGCACCUGCACCCUGCUCUGA